AUGUCAGUUGUCGCCAUUAGAACUGCAACUAGUGCGUUUGUUGACGUUGAAGUUGCAAUAGAUUUUCACGUUCAAGUUCCUAAUUUAGCUCCAUUUAAAGCUGAUUCCCUCAACGUGAAAUCAAACUUAGACCACAAAAAAUAUUCACAACCUUCCACAACAACACUAUCAACGACUUCAGAAACUAUCACUUUGGAGGAAAACCAGUCGAUAUCCAAUGAACAUUCGCAACAACUGGAACCUGUGAUAUCGCAGCCUGCAAGCGGUUGUACUGAACCUCAACAAGAAAUACCACAACAUGUGGAACCAAAACUUACAAACAACAGAACUCCUUUGUCGAUAGAGCUAGCAUCAAGGGCAAGUCAAUCCCAAAAACCAGUUGGUUCAAAAGAAAACCUCCUUCCAGAGGAAGACGAAAUCAUUCCCUUUCAAUCUUAUCCUAAUUUGGAAUACAUAGCAGUCCUUAUUAUUUCAUUGUUGUUGAGCAUUGCACUAUUGGGAAUUGCCAUUGCCUUCUUUGGACUUGUAUAUUCUGAUCCAGAAUUUAAUCAUGAUCCCAACGCGAUUGUCUAUCUGCAUCGAAAUUGUUGCUUGAUUGAAACACUGCACCCAUGUUCCCAUAACGAAAGCAAAGGAUGUUUGGAUAAAUUCAACGUGACCUAUCCAUUGCUGGGAAAGCAAGUAUUGGAACGUGAUCCAACGAAAGGUGCAGACGUGCAAUGUUCGUUUCAAAACCGCACUCGUUUUGCAUCUUCCAUCGUAUUUUCAAAUUCAAUUUCCAGUCCUUCUGAUGGAACCAUGGAUUGUUAUACAAAUAGUGAAGAAUCAAAAGUGAGCUUGUUUCCAAAGAGUGAACUCUAUGAUCGGCUGCAAAUGGGGGCUGUUGUGUUUUUACUCUUGGCUCUUGUGGCAAUGGUGGUAUCUAUCAUGUUAGUUGGGAAGAUUCUCCAACUUCGAAAUUCCAAUAAAGUGAAUUAUAACUGUUAA